CAAAUACUCAAAUAUUGAUGUGAUAACUUAUUAAAACUAACUCCUAUUGAGAACAGCGGGAGCUGUACUAAGAAUUUAUAGCGAGGAUGUGGUCAGUUGGAUGUAGUACGUUAUUCCUGGUAUUAGUCCAUAUUCUUGACCACACGGUAGCUACAGUAUUACAACCAUCGUGUACAUUUGAUAAUGGCUGGUGUCAGUGGCGACCUCAGAACAGCACUCAAGGAUUCCAGUGGCAUCUUGGGAACGGAUCAACGCCUGAUAGAUCAUCCGGACCAGUCGGUGACCACACAACAAAAUACAGCAAUGGCAGCUACAUUUUUAUCAAGGGAAUAGAUGCUCGUAUGAACAGUUCCAUCAAAGCUGUGGUAGAGGCGAAUAUUGACGUCACUUCCGAUUUGCAAUUAUCCUUCUGGUAUUUUAUGAAUGGAGUUGGUAUUGGUAUAUUAACUUUGAAUAAAAUUGAUGGCAAUGGCUCAAAGACAGAACUUUGGAGAAGGAAAGGAAGACAAGGUCGAGAAUGGAUUCAAGCCACAGUAAAUUUACCUCGAGGAAGUUUUGUGAUAAGUUUCGAGGCAACUGCGCGUUUAUUUUAUGGAAGUGAUUUGGCUGUUGACGACAUAGAAAUAUCACCAAUCCGGACGACAACAAAUCCACCUCUGUCGACUUUACCGCCUGCCAUGGAACUUCCGUUUCAGUGCGACUUCGAUUUUGAAUCCGGCUGGUGUGACAUGAAGCUUUUACCUUCUCCAGGAAACUCUGUUGGCUGGAAUAUAACUUCUGGACCUAUUCUAAAUAAGGGCAAAAUACUGAUAUCUGGAGACUUCUCUAGGAAAGGAAGAGGUAAAUUCUUACUUUUGAAUAACUGGAACAUGGGCGAGAAUGGCGACGCAGCACAAAUUAUCUCCCCUGUUUUGGAGAGCACUGGCGCCGCCUGUUUGAGCUUUUACCUGUAUUUAGCAACAGCAACUAGCGGGACACUCUCCAUCUACCAGAGAUUUCUCCCCUCUAUGAAAUUGGUUUUAUUACAUGAAGCUUCAUAUAAGAACCCACCUGGCUGGAAGUCUUUGAUGUUUACCGUGAACGGGACUUCCUACUUUCAGAUCAUUUUGGAGGGUUCUUACACAGAUUCGAGAUUUUUUGGCUCCGUCAUGGGUGUUGAUGACGUCACAAUUCAAAAUGGCGAAUGUAUACUCACAACAACUCCAUCAACAACAGAGAGGACAUCACCCAAACCAUCAACGACAGAAUUCAAAGUCUCAACAACACAGGUUGGUAUAUCAUCUUCACAAAAGACAACGCAUGGGUCAUCAACUCUACCACCAACAACAUCAACAUCGCAUCUGUCAUCUCCAUAUUCCACCAAGACAUCAACAACAUUGUCUACACAAACAACAAAACGAAUCCAACCGUCUACAAGAUCAUCAUCUUCAUCAGACUCAUCUACAUCAAAACUAGGGCAUACAACUUCUUCAUAUAGAACUUUGUCAUUUUCAACAACUCAAAAAUCAAAUACCACGACUAACCAUCCAGAAAUAUCAUCAGCGGUUACCAUCUCUCAAAUACCAACGAAGUCAUCAACACAUCUUCCAUGGCUUUCAUCAACUCAAACUUCUAAAUCAUCUACUAAUUCAUCGAGUGUGGCAACAACAAAGAAAGAGACUGUCUUCAUUUCAUCAAAAUUCUCAUCUACUCAGUCAUCACUUCAAACAAACAUUUCGUCAAUAACAACUUUGUUGCCUUUUAGCAAACGCACAACUACAACAUCAGUCAUCAAGACAAAGACUUCAUCACCAUCAACAUCAAAAACAACCAAUACGGCAAAGCCAACAACACACAUAUCAAAUUCAUUGCCACCAUCAACUUUUACGGGUUCUACAUCUAUAAUUCUAUCAUCACUAAUAACAGAUGUCUCAAAAUUUACUUUCCAGCCAUCAAUAACAACGAGAAUUUCCGAAAGGAGUACAGGAAAACAAUCCUCGCAACAUACAUUAUCGUCUGGUAUUCCAGAAAUGAAAUGUACGACAUCAACCAUAACUCAAGCUUUGACUGGUUCACAUACAACCAGUUUAAUAACAUCGUCAACAAGUCCGGCUUCAACAAAUGAAACAAAUAAAUUAGCCGGAAGAGAGACUACAGCCAUUGUUCUUGGCGUUUGUUUACCUAUCAUACUAUUAGUUAUAUUGUCUGUUAUUGUGCUUAUAUGUAAAAAGGACCAUUCAAAACACAAAUUGGUAGAAAAUAAGUCAAAAGUUGAACCUCAUAAAGAAAAAUAUCGCACUAAUACCGACACUAUUGAACUAGAUGCUAAUAUUUCUGUAAAGGGUUUUCGAAAAUUGGAAACGUGAAUUAGUAGCAUAAUAUGGAGAUGAAGAUCUCAUUUGCCAUAAUAAAAACGUUAUCAUGUUUUGUUUCAAAUUGCAAACUCGUGAUGCACAUUUAGUUGUAAAUACACGUAAGUUAUGUAUUUAUAUGGCUUU